UCAGAGUUAACAUGCUAUCUCAUACUAGUUAUAAGCUCAAAAUGAUUGACAAUUUGAUUUAUUUGAAAAAAUCCACCAUGUUUACUUUUGCAACAUAUUUUCUCAUAUGCGCGAAAUAUUUAGCGGCAUCAGAAGAAUACGUGCUUAAUUUCGAUUCUGCUAUAUAUGUUUGCGCGGAUGAAGAUAGCCAGUCGUUCGUUGACACUUCAGAAAUGGAGAUCAAACGAUUUAAUGAAACGACGGCUAUCCUGACAGGAGAUAUUACAUUUAUGAAAGAAAUUAGUGAGAAAACUAUGGUGGAGUUUGUUGUUGAAAAAGAAGUUGGGGACAGAUUUGAUAUUGUAUUGACGAAAGAGAUUUGCGAUUUAUGCGAAGAGAUGAAGGAUUCGGAAAGUUUUUACUACCAUUAUUUGGGAAUUUUCGGUUUUCCUGAUGAAUGUCCCAUCGAACCGGACACUUAUCAUGUGAAAGAUUUUAUAGCAAACGCUAAAGACCUGCCGAUAAACAAACAAAACGAGGGCCGUUACCAAGUUACUUUGAAUGUCUUCAAGGAUUCUAGCGGAGAAUGUCAAUUUGACAGGAUUUUCAUUGCUUGUUUAAAAUUAGACGUGAUCAUAGAAGCCAUUGAUGGCUAGGACAUAAUAUUUUUUGCAAAAAUUUUUUCUUAAAUAUUGUUUUAGUCCUCACGGCUUUAUUUACGGCAGUAGUUUGGAAAACAAAACAUUUUUUUUUAUGUUUUAGCCAAUAGGCACUUGCACUAGGAGUUUUUAAAUAUAUAUUUUAAUUUUAAAAAAAAUGUUUAUUAGCAGUGGAAAUUAAGUAAGUUUACUAUCUAAUUUUCAAAACACUGUUGUUAAUUAUGAAUAACAAAGUUAAUAUAUUAAAUGAAAAUAAAACAUGAGUUAAUUCUUA